ACCUUUGGAUAAUUUUUUCCCUAGUGCAUCACGAUCCAAAUUGUGUUUCGAUCUAAACUUCAAUUUGUCUUGAAAACUUAUUUCACCUUUUGGAAAUUAUUAAUAUAUUUUGGAUUACUAUUCAUUCACAAAACAGAACCAUGUCUUCUGCAGCAGUUCAAAAACUUGUUAAACCACAAUUGCGUGGAAUUUAUGAAAAGAAAACUAAAUUCCACCUUGUAUUAAGUGUUAUAUUAUCCAUUGGAGCAGGUGUUACUUACAAAUAUUCAGUUGGUGAACCUCGUAAGAAAGCCUAUGCUGAAUUUUACAAAAAUUAUGAUGCUGAUCAGGACUUCGAAAGAAUGAGGAAACUAGGACUUUUCUCUUCUUGCCCUGCUGAUGAUUAAUAACCUAUGAAAUAAUGUAACUAACUAGUUGUAUGUAAAUUUAUUUGAAGAAAAAAUUUAAUGAAUACAGUUUUGUAUUGAUAAAAUAUAAUUAUUAUGUGUAAC